AUGAUCGUCACCGACUACUUUACUAAGUGGGUGGAAACUAAAGCAUACAAGAAUCCAACCGCUCAUGAUGUAAAGAAUUUUGUGUGGCAAUACAUCAUAUGUCGCCACGGCCUGCCUUACGAGAUCGUGACUGACAACGGCGGGCAAUUCGUCGCGGCAACCUUCCACUUGAAGGCUACCAAGGAGCCUGGGCGGACGAAGUCGACGGAGUCCUUUGGUCACAUCGCACCACGCCCAGAUCCGCAACCGGAGCCCUUCUCCUUAUCACACGGUUGCGAGGCAUUAGCACCAGCGGAGCUGCACGUCGCAAGCCUACGAAGAUCCUUGAUGCCCCAUAAUCCGGCGUUAAAUGAUGAUUCGCUCCUACACGGCUUGGACCACUCUGAGGAACUGCGAGACCGUGCCCUCUUGCGGAUGAAAAAAUACAACCAGCAAGCAACCAGGUACUACGUUAGAAAUUUACGGAACCGCCGCUUUGCGCUCCAUGACCUCGUCUUCCAAAAGAUCCACGACUUCACUAAACCAGAGCACGCUGGCAAGUUUAAAUUCAAAUGGGAGGGACCAUAUCGCAUCACCAAAAUUGUCAAACCAGAACUUUACGAGCUAGACGACUGUCAUGGAAAUCCUCUCCAUAACUAG